AUGGAGACUAUCGCGGGGGCAUGGCCCAAUAUUUUCGUCGAUGAAGAAUGGAAUGUCACUUGUUUCGUGGAUCUAGAAUGGAUUUCUGCUCUGCCCGUGGAGAUGCUGGCUGUACCCUACUGGUUGACUGGUUAUAAGAUCGACGAGAUAAAGGGGGACCAUAUAGACGAAUUUAACCAGGUUCGGCAAGAGUUCGUGCGCAUUUUUGAGGAGGAGGAAAAGAUAGCCCCUUUUUUUACGCCAAAGCGACCGAGUCGUGUGGUGAGACCAACGAGCAAAGUCCGAGACACCGCGCGGCAACUAGAAGAUACCGCCAAAGAAACGCGAAAGACCACCCGGCAGACGACGCGAACCAUGCCGGCCGAAGAACAGAUCAACCGACCGACCAAAGUCCAAAAGAGUAGCAGCAGUGGCAGCAGUAGCAGCGAUAGAAGGGCAAUACUACAGAAGGCGCUGGAUCUCCGGGGGAAGUCGUGCAGGGAGACCAAACAGCUGCAGGAAGCGCUGAAAGAAUAA